UUGGCAAAUUUAUGCCAACUAAUGAUGUCAUUGUCAUGUAAAAAAGAAAGGUAAUUCCCAGGGAGCCUUACAGUACAUUAUAAAGCUCACAUUCACAUUCUUUCACAUCUAGUAUACCACAUAUUGGUCAAACAUGAGACGCACCAUCUUUCUCCUGUCCUUGGUCUUCCUUAUCUGCUUGGCUUCUACUGAGGGCCAGCGGAUGAUCUUCAGAAAGCGAUGCCUGUGCACCAGAACAUAUGAACAUCUGCGACCUGGAAACAUCAAGGGCUGGAAAGUGCACAACCCAAGUGCUCUUUGUGAUGUUACUGAGAUUGUUGUGGUUUUGAAGAAACCUCAAGUAUCUGUCUGCGUGAAUCCUGAAUCAAAAUUAGGACAACGACUAAAAAAGCAAUAAUAUGUUCACUUCUGGACAGCUGAGCACCAAGUACAAACCAAAUCAUUCCUUCGGAUGAAUAUGAUAUGAGUUGUGCAUUUGUAUCUCGGUUCAAAUGGAAAAGCAGACGUUGAUUUAUUUUUAUUAAAACAUGUUAAUGUUAGGAUAAAAAAUGUCAUCACACAUUUUCCUAUACCUUUACUUUAUUUUUAAUAACAAAAAUUUAAAGCGUUGUAUUUAAAUGAAAUAUUAUUGAAAAAGGAGACUUGAAAGGAAGGACUUAAACCGUUACAUCAUUCUGUAGUUUCACUUUAUUUUGGAUGUUUGGAUUAUAACAUUGUUCCUAUUAUGUAAUUUGCCCUGUUACUAUUGUCCAUUGUUAUACAUGUUUCCAAGUUUGUAGGACAGUGUUUUUCUCACAACAUAUAAGCAUUCAGAAGAAGCAGACUGAUAAGCCUAAAUUCAUUGACCUUUUUUAUUUUUAAUGACGUUCUUUUUCAUGUUAGUUUGUAAAUUUUUUAUAAUAUAUGCUUAUAUGUCCAAAAAAAAAGAGAAGGUAUUAGGUAUUCAGCGGGGAAAACCCACACAACUUUUUUUUCAGGGUAUCUGAUCGAGCUGAUACUGCAUAAUUGUCUUGCUUUGUUUUUUCAGUACAGAAUGUAAAAAAAAAAGUUGUACAUUAGACAUUAUAUAAAAACAAACACCUUCCAUUUUUACUUUUUGUUUAGUUUUAUUUAUAUACUGAUAUAUUUUAUUUUAGAGUUUGACAUUUUGCUCUAAAGCGGUCUGAAUCAAACUGAAUAAACAAUAAACAUGAAAUUCAAAAUGUC